AUGUCACAUCGGCACGGCGACUCGACCGCGUCGGCUUCGUUGAUCCCUGAUGCCGACUCGGACCUGGAUCUAGACUUGGACGAACUCGACCCCCAGACUACAACUUCCAACAGGCCCUCAAAUGGCGACUCUGGCAAGAACAUACCGCUCAAGAACCUGCGAUUUGGAGGAAGAAGAGCUUUUAGGAGACCAGACCGCUACAUCGAUGAUGCGGACGCCGACGACCUGGAAGCCUUGGUGGGAAGAGACAGUCAAGCGCAUGAACGAGACUCGCACACCCUCCAACCACCGCCGCCGCACACUUCACGCUUACGCCGUCUGUCCGACAAGUCGCACUCGGCCAUAGCCAAGUUCAGAGCCCGCCUCAACCCCUUCUCUCGCUCCACUCCGCUCGACAACGACGACGACGACGAGCCCGAAGACGAACACGAUCCCGCUUCCAACCGGACCAUCGUCGUAGGCAGCCGUCAGGAUGCCAAAUACCCUCCCAAUGCCGUUUCCAACGCCAAAUAUACCCCCGUGUCUUUCCUUCCUCGAACGCUGUACAACGAGUUCUCCUUCUUCUUCAACAUGUACUUCCUCCUCGUCGCCCUGUCGCAAAUCAUCCCGCAACUGCGCAUCGGCUACCUGAGCACUUAUAUCUUCCCCUUGCUCUUCGUCUUGACCAUCACUCUCGGAAAGGAGGCUAUGGACGACAUACACCGACGGAGGAGAGAUCAAGAGGCCAACUCGGAACGAUACACCGUCCUGCAGUUUGGUGACAACGACACUACUUCGACACGAAGACGCCGACCCACAGACCUGGAUGCUGAUGGUCUACUGGACGACCAAGUGCGAGAGGUAUCCAAGCCCUCGCGCUUACUGAAGGUCGGAGAUGUCUUGGUCAUGACCAAAGACCAGCGCUUUCCUGCCGAUGUUGUCAUUCUCAAAAGUUUCUCGCAAGAGUCAUCCGCUCAACCCGAACCUUUGCCGGAAAGCGAAGAGGUAAACUUGUUCGAGACGGAAGCCGCAAGCGUACCAGAACCGCCCUUGGCCAACCAGACCACUUCUGAAGAUCCUAGUGCUGGUGGUGAAGCCUUCAUCCGAACAGACCAACUCGAUGGUGAGACAGACUGGAAGCUCAGGCUGGCAUCUCCUCUCACACAAGACUUGGCCUCCCGCGAAUUCACAAGGCUGCGCUUGAUAGCCGGAAAGCCUGAUAAACGCGUGAAUGAUUUCGCUGGUACCUUGGAUCUUCUCCCAGACGGCCGUCAAGCAUAUGACCCCUACGAGUCCGAAGCGCCCGCUGCUGAAGUGCCAGGCACGAAAUCUAUUCCUCUGUCCAUCGACAACACUGCGUGGGCCAACACUGUACUUGCCUCGAGCACCACCGUUUAUGCUGUGGUCAUCUAUACAGGUCCAGAGACACGUGCCGCUCUUUCCACCUCUGCUUCUCGCUCAAAAACUGGCCUGCUCGAGAACGAGAUUAAUUCUCUGACGAAGAUUUUGUGUUUCUUGACUCUCGCUCUGUCUUUUAUCUUGGUUGCUCUAAAGGGCUUCCAAGNNGCUGAGAACGGUCGGGAGUGGUAUGUCUCUGUCAUGCGCUUCCUCAUUCUGUUCUCUACCAUUGUACCCAUCAGUCUGCGCGUCAAUCUCGACAUGGGCAAGUCAAUGUAUGCUUGGUUCAUUGAGCGUGAUCAAGGUAUCCCAGGAACUGUCGUGCGCACCAGCACCAUCCCCGAGGAUCUCGGUCGCAUCGAGUAUUUGCUCAGCGACAAGACUGGUACACUGACUCAGAAUGAGAUGGAGCUGAAGAAGAUCCACGUUGGUACAGUUUCGUACGCCAAUGAAGCAAUGGACGAGGUUUCUGCCUACGUCAAGUCGGCUUUCUCUAAUUUACAAGGCUUCUUCUUGCCCUCUUCCAACGUCACUGGUGGGCUUGCUUCAGGUACACGGUCGCGCAGGGAGAUCGGUCUACGAGUCCGAGAUCUGGUACUGGCACUGGCUCUAUGUCACAAUGUCACACCUACUACAGAAGAAAUCGAUGGGGCCACAGUCACCUCAUAUCAAGCUUCUUCGCCAGAUGAGAUUGCUAUUGUGGCGUGGACAGAGCAAGUCGGAUUACGAUUGUUACACCGCGAUCGAAAAUCUAUCACUUUGCAGUUUGUGGAUAACAGCAAAAUCGUGGUUCGUGUACAAAUCCUCAACAUCUUCCCUUUUACCUCCGACAGCAAGCGCAUGGGUAUCAUUGUCAAGUUUGUGCAAGAGGGUGGAGCUGAAGGUGAUGUGAGUGAGCUGUACUUCUUCCAGAAAGGUGCAGAUACCGUCAUGACUUCAAUUGUCGCUGCCAAUGAUUGGCUUGACGAAGAGACAGCAAACAUGGCUCGCGAAGGAUUGCGCACACUAGUGAUCGGAAGAAAGGCUUUGUCCGCACAGCAAUACUCAGCCUUCUCAUCAGCCUACGCAGAAGCGUCGUUGAGUCUUCACGAUCGCGACAACAGCAUGGCGCGAAUCGUCAAGCAGCACCUCGAACACAAUCUUGAGCUACUGGGCGUGACAGGAGUGGAAGACAAACUUCAAGCUCACAUCAAGCCAUCGCUAGAACUCCUCCGCAACGCAGGCAUCAAGAUUUGGAUGUUGACUGGAGACAAAGUCGAGACCGCACGCUGUGUAGCUGUGUCUUCGAAACUUGUCUCCAGGGGCCAGUACAUCCAUACAAUUGCAGGGCUCAAACGUAAAGAGCUGGCUCUGGACGCACUAUCUCUCCUACAUUCUCGUCCAAACGCAGCUUUGCUCAUCGAUGGUGAAUCCCUGUCUCUAUACUUGACGCACCACAGGGAUGCUUUCAUCACCUUAGCGGUUCGUCUACCCGCUGUGAUAGCCUGCCGCUGCUCUCCAACUCAGAAAGCAGACGUCGCGAAAUUGAUCCGCGCUCACACUCGCAAGCGCAUUGCUUGUAUUGGUGAUGGUGGUAACGAUGUCAGCAUGAUUCAAGCUGCCGAUGUAGGUGUGGGUAUUGUAGGAAAGGAAGGUCGUCAAGCCUCUCUCGCCGCAGACUUCAGCAUCACUCAAUUCAGCCACUUGACCAAACUGCUCGUCUGGCAUGGACGCAACAGCUACAAGCGAUCGGCGAAGCUCGCGCAGUUUGUGAUCCACCGUGGUUUGAUCAUCAGUGUAUGUCAGACUGUAUUUUCGGUUGCUUCGGCGUAUCAGCCCAUCGCUCUGUACAGGGACUGGCUGUUGGUCGGCUAUGCAACUCUGUACACCAUGGCGCCCGUCUUCUCGCUCACACUCGACCGCGAUGUCGAUGAGAAUCUCGCCAACCUAUAUCCAGAGCUGUACAAGGAGUUGACUCUGGGCAAGUCCCUCUCCUACCGUACUUUCUUUAUCUGGGUCGCCAUCUCGGUCUACCAGGGUAUCAUCAUCCAGGGAGGAAGUCAGCUGCUGGUCCCUAAGUUUGCGGAACACAGUUCAGGAAACGCUGACACUGCCGCCUCGUUUGCACGUAUGGUCAGUGUGUCUUUUACUGUCCUCGUCAUAAAUGAGUUAAUCAUGGUGGCUGCGGAAAUCACGACAUGGCAUCCUGCGAACAUCAUCUCUAUCCUCGCGACUGGCUGCUUGUAUUUCGGAAGUAUACCAUUCCUCUCCGGAUACUUUGAUUUGAGGUUCGUGGCAAGCGCUGGGUUUGUGUGGAGGGUUGCUGCAAUUUCUGCGGUGUCCUUAGUGCCUGUUUAUGCUGGCAAGUUGAUUCGGCGAGCAGUCAAACCGCCGAGUUAUCGCAAAGUUCAAGGGGUGUGA